CAAAGGCGAGAAAACCCCCAUGAUGCUGUUGUCUUGCACCCCAAACAUAAAGGCAAAUGUCUAGACUCUCUAGCCAACAAGAGUGUUGUAGGUACCAGUUCUCUUCGGCGGGCCGCACAACUAAAGAAGAGAUUUCCUCAUCUGGAGUUUAAAGACAUUAGAGGUAAUCUCAACACUCGUCUAAAGAAACUGGAUGAAAAAGAUGACUUCUCAGCCAUCAUUUUAGCAGCAGCUGGUCUUCGGAGAAUGGGCUGGGAGAAUCGCAUCAGCGAGAUCCUUGGGCCUGAUGACUGCAUGUAUGCAGUUGGACAGGGUGCUCUGGCAGUCGAGGUGAGAGCUCGAGACCAGGACAUCUUGGAAAUGGUGUCAGUAUUAAAUGACUCAGACACCGUGUUGAGAUGCAUGUCAGAGAGAGCCUUCCUCAAACACCUGGAAGGGGGAUGCAGUGUUCCAGUUGCUGUUUACACUGAAGUUAAGAAUUCACAGCUCUACCUGACUGGAGCGGUGUACAGUCUCGAUGGUUCAGACAGUCUGAAGGAGACCAUGCAAACAAGCAUCAGCUCUGACAAUCAGGUUGAGGAGCAGGAGAAAGUUGACGAGAAGGUCCAGCGUGUGGGCAUCACUGCUUUAAAGGUGUCAGAAGCAGCCCAGGACGCUGCAGUGAAGUUAGGAGUGGACCUCGGAAAUCUGCUGCUCAGCAAAGGGGCCAAAGAGAUACUGACUGUAGCCAGACAGCUGAAUGAUGCACGAUAGGUAUAUAACAGUCCUUAUCUGUAGCUGAAGACCAACCACCCCCCUUCCAGAAGUAUUUUUUAUAAAUUUCAGUGUCAACAAGUGUUAUGUCAUCCAAUGGCCUUUAUAUUUUGUGUUAUUAAUAUAUUGGUUAGUUUUUCACAGAAAAUAUUUCUUUGUAUUUACAGAAGUUUAAUGAAAGUCAAUAUGCAGUUACUACUUAAAACAGACUUGCAGUAUGAUGCAUAAUAAUAAUGCCAAAAUAAUGACUCCACUGUUCACAGAAGUAUAACAGAGACA